UGUGUGUUAGAUCAGAUGUUAGUUGCAAUCAUCAAUACCAUCUACAUUCAUGAUUAAUGCUCUACUUGAUAGUGAAAUAAAGAAACAUCUUCACUUGUAUACAUUCCUAGUUUUGGUUUCUUACAUCAUAUCAUCAAUGGAGGAAGAAGCAAGCAAACUGAGGUUGUACGGUACCGAGGCAAGCCCAUUUGUUCGAAGAGUGAUAUGGGCACUCAAACUCAAAGGUCUCGACUACGACUAUGUCGAAGAAGAUCUUUCCAACAAGAGCCCUGCCCUUCUCCGCUACAAUCCUGUCCACAAGAAGGUCCCGGUUCUCGUCCACAACGAAAAUCCUGUUGCAGAGUCAACCGUGAUCCUCGAAUACAUUGAGGAAACAUGGCCCGACCGCACACCCUUACUCCCUAAAGAUCCUUAUGAGCGAGCCAUGGCUCGUUUCUGGAUCGCCUAUGGAGAUCAAAAGGGCUACGCAUUUCAAAGCUUCCUUGCAUGCUCGGAGGAGGGCAAAGAGAAGGCGGCGGAAGACCUGCUGGAAAUAUUCAAGAUCAAUCAAGACAAGGCAUUGGGAGAUAAGAAGUUCUUUGGUGGGAGCACGCUUAGUUUGGUGGACUUGUGUUACGGUUGGAUUACCUCGUUCAAGCAAGUGGAACGAGUCGUGGGCGUGGAGGUGCUGGGGCCCACAACUCUUCCGAGGCUGCACCGGUGGAUGCAGGAUUUCAAGGAAGAGCCUGGGAUUAAGGAGAAUCUUCCGGACACAGAGGCACAGUUUCCGGAGCUCAUAAAUUUAAGGAAGCAUCUUCUGUCGACCAAGAACUGAUAUGAAUCUUGAGAGGAAUCUAGCAUUCUGCAAUAACAGUUCAAGAGUCACUGCUACUUUGUAGUACUCCAUCGUUUUACUUUAUGAUUAAAUCUACAUCCAUGUUUGAA